AUGUCGGGCGGCGGCGGCGGCGGCGGCGGCGGCGGCGGCUGGGCUUGGGCGGCCGAGAGCGCGCGGUCCCUGGCCAGGCGCCUGCGCAGGGAGCGCCGCGAGGAGAUGGGCUCCUCUCGCGCCGAAGCCCUGGCGCGGCGGGCGCAGGCGCUUCGCGUGGCGCUGGACGCGCACUGGCGUAUCGGGGACAUGCUCGGCUGCCACUUCCCGUCCUUCGGUGAAGGGCUGGCGGCCGCCCGUCUCCUGGGCUGCCCGGGCGCGGUGGUGCAGCAGGCGGAGGAGGCGCUGGCGCUGGGCAACCAGGCCAGCGACCUCGAGGCUCAGGUGAGGGUGCAGGCCUGCCCACUGCGGGGAGAGGCCGCGCCUUUCACGCCCGCCAGUCGCGGCACGGUCGACGUCCUGCUGAAGCAGCUGGGCGGGGGAGACCGCGUGCAGGCGGACGGGUACACGGCCGAGUCCCAGAAGCGCAUGUUGAAGGUGAAGGUGCAGGAGGAGCCGAAGGUCGUCGCCGAGUGCUGCCACGACUACGGCUCGGUGAAGGAGGCGCCGCGGCAGAUGAGCGUUGGUUUGGCCUGCCAGGUGGUGGUGCCCCAGAAGCCAGUCGAGAUCUGCGUGGCGGUGGAGUGCAAUAUGGUGGAGUACCAGCAGUGGGCCUAUUCCUCGCUCGGCCUCCCUGGAGCGGUGUUGGAGGUUUCCGCGGCGGUGGAGGAGAAGAAGGAGUCGGAGGCCGAGAAGAUCUUCGACAUGGUGUUUAGGGACGGCGUAGAGAUGGCGGAAGUCGUCCAGCACAUCGAGGCCGGGCGGUUCGACCUCGUGAUCAUGGGCGGCUUCUUCAACUCGUAG